AGUGGCGCGCUAGACAUGGCGUAUCCUGGGCACCCCGGCGCCGGCGGAGGCUACUACCAGGGCGGGUAUGGAGCUGCUCCAGGAGGACCAGUAUUCCAUGGUCAGACUCAAGAUCCUUUGUAUGGUUAUUUUGCUGCAGUAGCUGGGCAGGAUGGACAAAUAGAUGCUGAUGAGCUGCAAAGAUGUCUGACCCAGUCGGGCAUAGCAGGAGGGUAUAAACCUUUCAACCUAGAGACGUGCAGGCUCAUGAUUUCUAUGCUGGAUAGGGAUAUGUCUGGUACAUUGGGAUUCAGUGAAUUUAAAGAGCUCUGGGCUGUGUUGAACGGGUGGAGACAACACUUCAUAAGUUUUGACAGUGACAGAAGUGGUACAGUGGAUCCUCAAGAGCUGCAGAAAGCCUUGACAACUAUGGGAUUUAGGUUGAGCCCACAGGCAGUGACUGCAGUUGCAAAACGAUACAGCACCCAUGGGAAGAUUACAUUUGACGAUUAUAUUGCCUGCUGUGUAAAACUCAGAGCUCUCACUGACAGUUUUCGAAGAAGGGAUACAGCCCAGCAGGGUGUUGUGAAUUUCCAGUAUGAUGAUUUCAUACAGUGUGUUAUGAGCAUCUAAUUGAAGAGGAAGGAAGAUGUGGAUGGGCAUGAUUAACAUUCCACUUUGUGUUUUGCUUUGCACCUAAAGUGAUCAUGGCUAUGUAACUAAAUAUUGGUAUUUGCAUACUUUAUAAAGAUACUGCUUCAUAUGUGAUUUUUUUUUUUAGUUUUGAUAAAUACAGGUGAACAAAAAAGGGUGUUUUAAAAACGAAAUACUAGCUGUCAUCCUUAAUCGUAUGGUUCUUUUUUUAAUUUUGCAUAAACUUGUAAAUCACCUUUUAUGUAUAACUUAAAUGAUUAUGUAAAACUUAAGGCUUUCUGUCAUGUGUUUACUUUCUCCUCUCAUGAGCUACUAAAAACAUUCAUCAGAGUGGAGCUUGUCUUAUUUCCUGUCCUACAUAGUAGCAUGGAGCCAUGGUGGUGUUUUUGUUCCAUGACAAUACUGCAUCGAAGAAUCAACAAUAGGGUGAUGAUCAUGAAAGAAAGCAAGAUGGAAAAUUGAGAAACUAAGGUUAAUCUGUAACCUGAGUUCUUCACAAUGGACUCGGCCCAUUCUGCCAUGGAUGGCAAAUUGCACAUCCCUGUGCAGAGGCCAUUCGAAGAACUUCUUUUCCCAUCAGGUGAUCUUGUAGUGGGCUGCUCUCGUUGCCUUAAGAAAACUAACUGUUCAGUUUGUGCCACUUGAAAAUAAUAUUGGUUUAUAUCUUCUAUACAUACAUUCAGUUAUUCACAGAAUUAGGUUUAUAUUUCCCAUAACUGUACUUUCAACUCCCACCUUUGCAAGCAAAAAUACUUCGCUUAUGGAGGCUUAAAUUCAUGUUUCCUAGCUUAAAGGACUCUUUACCUUUAAGGAAAUGUAGGCCUUCUUUAAAUGCCAAAUAACCCAAAAGGCACAAACCCACUUUGUAUAAAAUUCUUUGCAGCCCAAGGAGGCUCCCGUCUCCUCAGUCACCUACCUAAGUCUUGGUGCUUUCCAGCAGCUCCUCUGGCUGGCUCCAUAGUUCGCCUGGCUUAUUUUACUUUUUUAUUAAAACUGCUGUUACUCUAAUUAGUAGUAACACAACUUAUUUUUGUGUUCAAAGGGGUUGAUAUGAAACAGUUUGAUGCUUUUAACAAGAAAAUAAAAUAGGCUGGAAAAAUUAUUCCAAGCUAGCACAAG